AUGGCCACGCAGGACCCUCGCGCGCUGCUCCAGAAGGCCGAGAAGGCAGUUGCCUCGGCCGGCUCAGGCUUCAGCUUGUUUGGCGGUCGUCAAGAGAAGUACGAGAAUGCGGCGGAGCUGUACAUCCAGGCCGCGAACGCCUUCAGAAUGCAGAAGCAGGGCAAGGAGGCCGGUCUGGCGUUUGAGCGCGCCGCUGCGAUCCAGCAGAACAACCUGAACGAGCCCGAUGACGCGGCGAACACCAUGACCGAGGCCUUCAAGACGUACAGGAAGACGGACCCUGAGGAUGCCGCUCGUUGCCUUGACGUCGCCAUCAAUCACUAUACUAUGAAGGGUAACUUCAGGCGGGCGGCUACGUGGAAGCAGAACAUUGCGGAGCUGUUCGAGGUUGAACUUGGCGACCAGAAGCGCGCUAUGGAGGCAUAUGAGACCGCUGCCGGCUGGUAUGAGCAGGACAAUGCCGAAGCGUUGGCGAACAAGCUGUUCCUCAAGGUCGGCGAUCUCGCGGCUCUUGAGGGAGACUACUACAAGGCGAUUGAGAACUUCGAGCGCGUCGCGAAGUCCAGCAUCAACAACAACCUCAUGAAGUGGUCGGUCAAGGAAUACUUGCUGAAGGGAGGCAUCUGCCAUCUGGCAACCAACGAUAUGGUUGGUGCCAGGCGGGCACUGGAGAGCUACCAAGACCUUGAUCACACCUUCGCGUCACAGCGGGAGUGCAUGCUACUCAAUGACCUCGCUGAAGCGGUUGAGGCCGGUGACCAAGAGCUUUUCUCCGAGAAGCUCUUCCAGUUCGAUCAGCUGUCGAAGCUUGACAAGUGGAAGACGACCAUGCUCCUUCGCAUAAAGAACAACAUCGAGAAGCAGGAAGAAGACUUCUCGUAA